AUGGCCGACGGCAAAACCUCGCUCGCCGCGCUUCAGCAGGCGACGGACUUCCUCAUCAAGCCGGAGCCGACGAAGCGCGACAUAAUGGACACGAGCGAGUGGCCAUUGCUGCUGAAAAACUACGACAAGCUGAACGUGCGCACGGGGCACUACACGCCGAUUCCCAUGGGCCACACGCCGCUCAAGCGCCCGAUUUCGGAUUACGUGCGAUACGGAGUGAUCAAUCUGGAUAAGCCCGUGAACCCGAGCUCGCACGAGGUGGUUGCGUGGAUCAAACGCAUUCUGCGCGUCGACAAGACGGGCCACAGCGGCACGCUGGAUCCCAAGGUGUCAGGCAGUCUGAUCGUCUGCGUGGAUCGCGCGACGCGCCUCGUGAAGGCGCAGCAGGGCGCAGGAAAGGAGUACGUGUGCAUUGCGCGCCUCCACAGCGCCGUCGACAGCGAGGCGACGGUCGUGCGCGCGUUAGAGAAGCUCACGGGCGCGCUCUUUCAGCGCCCGCCGCUCAUCUCCGCCGUCAAGCGCCAGCUGCGCAUCCGCACGAUCUACGAGAUUAAGCUCCUCGACUACGACGCGGCGCGGAACCUCGUCGUGUUCUGGUGCUCCGUCGAAGCCGGCACGUACGUGCGAACGCUCUGCGUGCAUCUCGGCCUGAUGCUCGGCGUCGGCGCGCACAUGCAGGAGCUGCGGCGAGUGCGGUCCGGCAUUUUGGGCGAAAUGAACAACAUGGUAACCAUGCACGACGUGCUGGACGCGCAGUACUGUUACGACAAGUACGGCGACGAGACGUACCUGCGGCGCGUGAUCAUGCCGUUGGAGGUGCUGCUGACGUCGUUCAAGCGGCUCGUGGUGAAGGACAGCGCAAUCAACGCGCUGUGCUACGGCGCGAAGCUCAUGCUGCCCGGGCUGCUGCGAUACGAGAACGCCAUUGAGGUGGGAGAGGAGGUGGUGCUGAUGACAACCAAGGGAGAGGCAAUCGCCAUCGCUAUCGCACAGAUGACGACAGCAGGCAUGGCGUCAUGCGACCAUGGUGUGGUGGCAAAGGUCAAGCGAGUGGUGAUGGAGCGAGACACGUACCCGCGCAAGUGGGGCCUGGGGCCGGUUUCGCAGCAGAAGAAGAAGCUUAUUGCGGGAGGCCUGCUGGAUAAACACGGAAAGCCGAACGAGAAGACGCCGGCCGAGUGGCUUCGGUCGAUUCCGGAUUAUGUGGCUGCGGCUGCGGCGGUGAACGGGGAGGGGGCGGAGGGAGAGGAGAGGGCUGCGGAUGUCGCAAAUCCUUGUCGCGCUAGUGUCGCUGGACUGUGCGCGCUCCCGUCCAAGGGUCGUGUCUUCUCUGCUGACGCGUCGCGCCUCGGGAGUGCAUCCAACGCGGGCUACUGCAAUGUCCGCGCGCUGCCCCGCUCGACUCGUCCCCAGCCGCGCCGCCUAGCCUCCCAUUCGCGCCCGAAGCCCGCAUGCGCGAGGGCUACGAAUGGCGCGACCGACGAUGAGCAGCCGCCUGCGCCGCCGGCGGAGGACGUGGCGGGAAAUAGCCGCCUGGAGCGCGCGGAGAGCGGAGCGCGGAAAGUGACGCGCCGAGAGGCGAUGGCGGCGACGCUUCUGGCGCUGGGGGUGGCGGCGAGCGGCGCGGAUUCCACACUGGCGGACGCAGUGAUGCGCGCAGUGCCGUUCCCCGUGGCGCGCGGAUGGAACGAGGGGCGAUUUGGCCGCGCUGCUGCCGCGGAGGUGAAGGGUGCAGCGAACAAGGAAGAACGGGUGAAGACGAAUGAGGAAAUCGACGAUGAAGAGGAAGAGGAGAGGCUGGAGAAGUUGAGGACGAACGAGGAGAAGAGGAAGGAGAGGAUCGCAGUCCGGGAGGAGAAGAGGAGACUGAAGAUUAAAGAAAAGGAGGAGAAGAGGAGGAACAAGAUUGAGGAGAGGGAGAAGAGGAGGGCAUUCAAGAUAAAGACGAAGGAGGAGAGGAGGAGAGCGAGGAUAGCAGAGAAGGAGGAGAAGAGGCGGAAGAAGAGGGAACUCGCGAAGGAGAAGCGGCUGAAGAAAGAGCAAGCUAGGCUCGAGAGGGAGCAGAAGAAUGAGCAAGAUAGGCUGGAAAGGGAGCAGAAGAAUGAGCAAGCUAGGCUGGAGAGAGAGCAGAAAAACGAGCAAGCUAGGCUGGAGAAAGAGCAGAAGAAAGAGGCGGCUGCAAAACUGCGCCUUGAGAAAGAAAGCGCCGUGUGA